CCUGAAGAAGACCAAAAGCUGAUUUAUUCUGGGAAGCUGCUGCUUGAUCAUCAUUGUCUGAAAGAGCUGCUGCCAAAGCAUGGGGAGGUGCAUGCUCUUCAUCUGGUAUACAACUUCAGGACUCCUGCAAAUGUGCAAGACACCACUGCAGAGGUUAAAGCUGAUCAGCUAGGGUUAAUGUCAGAAGCUAGUCAAGAACCAUCUGGAUCUUCCUCAAAUGAUGAAAGACUGAGAUGCUCUUCUGGUGGCCAGUCUUCAGCAGAAACCAGUAAUGGGCUGGAAACAACUCAGGGUCCCUUCCAAAGUGUGGCUUCUGGCUUCUCUGCUUAUACAACCUACAGCAUGCUGCAGAUGUCCUGGUUUCAGCAGGUUUAUGCAAGACAAUACUACAUGCAAUACUUGGCUUCUACUGCUGCAUCUACUGACCCAUCCCACGCACAACGUUCUCAGGAGAUACCAGUGGCACCAGUGACACCUCCAGCUCCUCUCCCAGACCCAUUUCCUGCACAAAAUCAGCCUGGAAACCAGGAUGCUGCUGCCCAGGUUAACGCAGUGGCCAACCGGAACUUGCGGAUGAAUGCCCAAGGGGGUCCCCUCAUGGAGGAAGAGGAGGAGGGUGGCAAUCGAGAUUGGCUGGACUGGCUCUACUCAGCAACACUCUUCUAUGUUUUUGUCAACAUUGUCUAUUUCUACUCCAGUGUCAGCAGAUUCUUCCUGGUCAUGGGUGGCACUUUUCUGAUGUAUCUGCAUCAGGUUGGAUGGCUUCCAUUUAGACAAAGACCAGUUCCAGGCAAUGUUCCUCCUCAAGCUGCUAUAAACCAGGACCAGAACAAUAACUUACAGGGGGCAAAUGGAGGCAGAGCAGAUGAAUCCGAGGCGUCUCCUGAUGAGGGACAAGUUUUACAAGAACUGCAGCAGGCUAACCCUUCAUUUAUGAGCACAGCAUGGGUUUUUUUCAAGACUUUCUUUGCAUCUCUUCUUCCGGAAGGGCCCAGAGUGACCCGCAACUGA